CUUUGCCAAACGAAACCCGUUGUUUGUUCCUUCAAACAAUUCUUCAGUAGCCACUCCCCGCCUCUCAACUGAACGAGCAACCAAGAAGUACCAACAAUAUGGAAGAGCUCAAAACAGUGAACACCCACAACCAAAACAACGACGUAGAGUCCGAAAACGAAGACGACAAACCAAUGCUGAGCUCGCAAGCUCUAGCAGCUCUACAAGAAUUCUUCGACCAGCAAAACCAAAACCAAACCCUAGAUGCCGAAACAGCUGAGUCGGAAUCACACACCGUCGCCUUGGUUUCGGAAAACUGGCGGCUGAGUCAGUUCUGGUACGACGCCUUAACGGCCGAAACGAUCGCCAACGAAGUUGUCUCUCUGUGCUCAGACUCCUUUUCGCGCGUCGCUUGCGUUGCCUGUCCCACGCUCUACGCCUACAUAAAGAAAAUUGGACCGAAUGUGGCGGCGCAAAUUCUAGAAUACGACGAGCGGUUUGGGCAAUACGGCAGUGAUUUUACGUUUUAUGAUUAUAAUCAACCGGAGGAUUUGCCGUUGGAGCUGAAGCAUGCCUUCAAUAUUGUGAUUGCGGAUCCUCCUUACCUGAGCAAGGAGUGUUUAGAGAAGGUCACUCAAACAGUUUCUUUUCUUGUUAGACCAGGGGACUCUUUCUUGCUUCUACUCACAGGUGAAGUGCAGAAGGAUAGAGCUGCUGAGCUCUUAGGUUUGCGUCCAUGUGGUUUUAGACCUCAACAUUCCAGCAAACUCGGAAAUGAGUUUCGCCUUUUCACAAACUAUGAUCCAGGAACAAGAUUGGGAGGGUGGGAGCUAGAGGAAUAGGUUCAUUUUUCUCUGUCCGCAGACCAUAAGGUAGCCAAUACUAUCAACAUUCCAGUCUAAAUGUCAUAGAACACAUAAUCUUCCAACAUAGUGACAUUUCUUUCCAUGAAAUUGAGAUAGCCAUGUUUAUGCAUAUUUAUCUCAAAAUCAAUGUCUUAACUUCUGCUCUGCUCUCCUUUCAUUCUUCGUGUUAGUAUACUCGAAUCAGAAUCCGGGAUUGAAUAAUAUUUCAGUUUGGUUUAGAUUUGUAGGAUUGUAAACUCUGGACCACAAAUUGAAUGAUGAGGUUGUUUCAACUUCUGCAAUGGUAAUGAUGAUGGAAAUAACUUUUUCA